UGAGUCGCUUAAUACAAUCUCAACUAAGAUGAAAGAAGUGGAGAGGAAACAGAAAAAUAUAGAAAAUAGAAAUAUCUAUCUAGAAACAAAAUUCGAAGCCCUCGAACAAAAAUUUACCGAAAUUGAACAACACCACCUUGGGGAUACAGUUGAGAUUGUCGGAAUCCCGGACUUAAGUGACUUAAAACUAAACGAAGUUAUUCAAAAUAUUGCUGAAAAAUUUAAGGCGCCUAAACAUGACAUUAUAUCCAUUAAACGACCUGCGUUGCGUAGACCAGGCCCCAGACCGGUCCUCGUCAGGCUACGGGAUGACGUUACUCGCCAACGUUUCCUCACAGCAACACGCGAGACCAUCAUCACCGCAGCGGACAUAGUACCAGGUCUGACGGGACCGCCGGCAGCCGAAAAAAUAAUUGUACGUGAACCACUUACACCGUAUUAUAAACACUUAUUAUGGCAGACUAAACAAGAACUUAAAGAUAGUUACAAAUAUAUCUGGUUUAAGGAGGGCAAAGUGCUAGCACGAAAAAAUGAAAAUUCAAAAAUAUACAGAUUAAGAACCGUUAAAGAUAUACAAACACUUUUGUCUAAAAAUAUUUAAUAAUCUUUCGUACUGGCCCUUGGAACUCCAUAGAUAAUUUUUAUUUUUCUUGUAUGUGAUGGAUAGUUUUUCUGUCGAUAAUAAUAUUAUAGAAAUUUUUGAUUGUGUAAAUUUCUCUGAAUAUAA